AUGGAGGGUCAAACUCAAAGCCAAAGCCCCCCACUUCCAGCCCACCAAGCUCACACAAAGCCCAUCUCUCGUCUCAACUCCUACGUAGCCAACACCCGACUAGGCAAAUGGUUCAAACUCUCCCAGAGAAACUCUACUUUCACCACCGAGCUUCGUGCCGGAACCGCCACUUUUCUCACCAUGGCUUAUAUCCUCGCCGUCAACGCUUCCAUUUUAACGGACUCCGGCGGUACCUGCUCUGUUUCCGAUUGUGUUCCUCUCUGUUCCAACGCUUCCGUUUCGAUUUCUAGCUGUACAGGGCCAUCUCUUCACGUCAUUCAUCCUGAUGUCUCUUGCAAAUUCGAUCCGGUUAACCCGGGCUACGCUGCGUGCUUAGAUAAAACGCGGAAAGACCUGAUCGUCGCCACCGUUGCUUCUUCUCUCAUUGGUUGUUUCAUCAUGGGAGCUUUUGCUAAUCUACCACUAGGUCUCGCUCCGGGUAUGGGCGCCAACGCUUACUUCGCGUACACCGUUGUUGGCUUCCACGGUUCCGGUAAUAUCUCCUACCAAAACGCACUCGCCGCCGUUUUCAUCGAAGGAAUGUUCUUCUUAUUCGUUUCAGCAAUCGGUCUACGAGCAAAACUAGCAAAACUCGUACCAAAGCCCGUUAGAAUAAGCUCCUCCGCCGGAAUCGGACUUUUUCUCGCUUUCAUCGGGCUUCAAAACAGUCAAGGAAUUGGGCUCGUCGGCUACAGCUCCUCAACUCUAGUCACACUCGGCGGCUGUCCGAGCUCGUCACGGGCUUCACUUGCUCCGGUUGUAACCGCAAUUAAUGGCACAGUCAGUCUACUCACCGGCGGAACCGUUUCCAGCGAUAUAUUCUGUCUAAACAACAGAAUGGAAAGCCCAACCCUCUGGUUGGGCCUAGUGGGCUUUAUAAUAAUCGCCUACUGUUUAGUUAAAAACGUGAAAGGAGCAAUGAUAUACGGCAUCGUUUUUGUAACCGUCGUUUCAUGGUUUCGAAACACCAAAGUAACGGCGUUUCCUAACACCGACGCCGGUGAUACAGCUCAUGAGUAUUUCAAAAAGGUGAUAGACAUUCACACGAUAAAAACAACCGCGGGCGCGUUGAGUUUCAGUAACAUAGGAAAAGGGUAUUUUUGGGAAGCUGUUAUAACUUUUUUAUACGUAGACAUUCUCGACACAACCGGAACGUUGUACUCAAUGGCGAGGUUCGCAGGUUUCACCGACGAGAAAGGGAAUUUCGAGGGUCAGUAUUUCGCUUUCAUGUCCGAUGCCACGUCGAUUGUGGUUGGGUCUUUACUAGGAACUUCACCGGUGACGGCGUUUAUUGAGUCCUCCACUGGGAUUCGUGAAGGUGGACGGACCGGGAUAACGGCGUUAACGGUAGCGUGUUAUUUUUUUAUGGCGCUGUUUUUUACGCCGUUGUUGGCUUCGAUUCCGGCUUGGGCGGUAGGACCACCGUUGAUUUUAGUGGGAGUUUUGAUGAUGAGAUCAGUGGUGGAGAUUGAUUGGGAAGAUAUGAAACAAGCUAUACCUGCGUUUGUGACAAUGAUACUUAUGCCUUUGACGUAUUCAAUUGCGUAUGGGCUUAUUGGUGGGAUUGGUACUUACAUUGUGUUGAAUAUUUGGGAUUGGGGAUUUGAGAUUUUGGGUCACUUUGGGUACAUUACAAAAACAACAAAGGAAACAACUACUAAUACUCAUAAUAAUUCUCAUUCUUCUCAGGUCAAUGGGGUACUUGAAAAUGAACAUUCAUCGCAAAAUCCAAAUGAUAAAGCAAUACAACUAGAAGUACUUUAG